ACAAUUUCGCGCAGCACAGUCCCACACACACUCCGAGAGCACGCCCGCUCGAGCGCUUCAGUUGACGUCCAACCGUCAUCGAAGGGAGCCGCACACGGAAGACGCUUCCAAAGCCCUGCGCCGGUUUUCACUGUUUUUCGCGCAUCUAGGAGUUUUUGCGCGGUGCGUUCUAGUGGCAAGGUGCUGUGUGUGUGUGUGCGUGUGAAGAGGGAACGGGAGUAGCAAGAAUGGAUUCUAACGGAACCGAAACGGUGGGCGAGACGCUGCAGCAGCAGUUCGGCCACUGGUACACCUUCCUGGUGGAGGACCUCAGCGACAAGCGUGCCGCCCAUCUACCGUUCCUGCACAGCCCGCUGUGGCCACUGUCCGUCCUCUCCCUCUACUUCCUGCUCGUGUUCUACUGGAUACCGAACUACAUGCGCGAUCGCAAACCGUACGAUCUGCGCAAGCUGCUGCUCGCGUACAACGUGUUCCAGGUGGUGGUGUGCUACUUCCUGAUCCGGCAGCUCGUACGGCACGGCUGGACCUUCCGCUACCUCUACACGUGCGAGCUGGCCGACUACUCGAACAGCAAGAACGCGAUCGGCUUUCUGCACGCCGCCUACCUCAACUACUGCGUCAAGACGGCCGAGCUGGUCGAAACGGUGCUGUUCGCGCUGCGCAAGAAGCGCAGCCAGAUUUCCUUCCUGCACGUCUACCAUCACGUGUUCACGUACCUGCUGGCCUGGAUAUUCGCCAAGUACGUCGGAGGAAGCAUGCUAACGUACACAAUCAUCGUCAACUCGCUGGUGCACAUGUGCAUGUACUCGUACUAUCUGCUCGCCGUCAUACCGAGCUACGUGCCGUUCUCGCUGGGCAGGCUGAAGCGCUACAUCACCGCUCUCCAGAUUAUACAGCUGGUUAGCAUACUGGUGAACAUACUGUUCGCGAUGCGCAGCAGCUGCGCCAUCCCGCGCACCCACAUCCUGCUGUACGCACCGUACAUGGUGGUGCUGAUCUCGAUGUUCAUCAACUUCUACCUGAAGACGUACAGCGGCAUCACGACCGCACUGAACGUGUGCUACACCGGCGGCGGUCUCCAGAAGAAGGUUCAAUAAUUUUAAGGGAAAAGAGAGAGAGAGUGCCCUCAAAAAAAAAAACACACUACCACAGUGCCGCACAGUGUGAGUGUUUACAAGUGAGUGGACAAUUAAGUUUCGAAGAAAUAUUCACCAACUGCUGCCACACUCGAUUAGGGAUGUGCAAUAAGAGUGUGUAAAAAGCCAACCACAACAGCAACAGCAACCACAAAGUGAUGCGUUACGGAAAUCGCUUAUGAUUCCCAGUGAUUAGAAGCAACAAAAAAAAAAAACAACACA